GGAUACUCCCUCUUUCGCAAAACCGGAUAGUUUUUUCUGAGGCAGAGUUUCAAAUAGUUUUCCUGAAUUUUGAUAAGGCUAAAACACAGAGCAAGAACCCAUGGCUUCAUGCAGCACUUCCUCUGUAAUGCCGGCAUUUAUCUCUAACACCACCACUCGCAUUUCCCCUUUCACGCGCCAAUUGAGGGCAUCCCCGUUCUCUUCACCAAGGAAGAAGACUUACAGCACAGUUGUAACAGCAAAACUUGCUCAGAAGAAUGCUAUGCAGUACAGAAAACUCGGUGACUCUGAUCUUCAUAUCAGCGAAAUUACUAUUGGCACUAUGACAUUUGGAGAACAGAAUACAGAGAAGGAGGCUCAUGAAAUACUUAGUUAUGCAUUUGACCAAGGAAUUAAUAUUAUUGAUACUGCUGAAGCUUAUCCAGUCCCUAUGAGGAAGGAGACACAAGGGACGACGGAUCUCUAUAUUAGCAGCUGGAUGAAGUCUCAACCCCGUGAUAAGGUGAUUUUGGCUACAAAAGUUUGUGGUUAUUCAGAAAGAUCAAGUUACAUACGUGAAAACACAAAUGUUUUGCGAGUAGAUGCUGCUAAUAUUCGAGAAAGUGUGGAAAAAAGCUUGAAACGUCUCAAUACUGAUUACAUUGAUUUACUCCAAAUACAUUGGCCAGAUAGAUAUGUACCAUUGUUUGGUGAAUUCUUUUAUGAAUCUUCAAAAUGGAGGCCAAGUGUGCCUUUCGUCGAGCAGCUUAGAGCCUUUCAAGAACUCAUCGAUGAAGGAAAGGUCCGCUAUAUUGGUGUUUCCAAUGAAACUUCAUAUGGAGUAAUGGAGUUCAUCCAUGCUGCAAAAGUUGAAGGAUUGCCGAAGAUUGUCAGCAUUCAGAAUAGCUACAGUCUGCUGGUUAGGUGUCACUUUGAGGUUGAUCUUGUCGAAGUAUGCCACCCAAACAACUGGAACAUUGGCUUACUUUCUUAUUCCCCACUGGCUGGUGGAACCUUAUCGGGGAAGUAUUUGCACAAUAAUUCUGAAGCUGCUAGAAAAGGAAGACUUAACCUGUUCCCAGGCUACAUGGAAAGAUACAAUAAAUCCCUUGCCAAGGAAGCAACUAAAAAGUAUGAAGAAGUGGCCAAAAAACAUGGUCUAACUCUAGUUGAGUUAGCUCUAGGAUUUGCACGAGACCGGCCAUUUAUGACGAGUUCAAUUAUAGGCGCAACUUCUGUGGAUCAAUUAAAAGAAGAUAUUGAUGCUUUUUUGACAACUGAGAGGCCUUUGCCACCUCAAGUAAUGGAUGAUAUUGAAGACAUUUUCAAGAGAUACAGAGAUCCUGCUUCAAGAUAGCCUGCCAUUUUUCAAAUAGCUGAAUUCUUUUCCCUAUUGCAGAACUAGAUAUGGAAUGCUAGAUAGCCCUUACCUAUUUGGGGUGGGGUAUUGAAAGAGAAGGGUCAAUUUUACAGCAAAAUGCCUUAUUGUUUUUGCAAAUCUAUUGAAUGACUUGCAGUCCUAGCAAGUGAAACAUUAGCAAGUAGUUAAACCAAAUAAGUUCCUUUUUUGUACCGAAUCGCCAACAUAUACCUCUUUUUCUAUUUUGCACUUUAAUUUUCUACGUAAAUCAUAAAACCGUCCUAUGUGCGAAAUAGUAGUACA